UACAGGCGAAAAAAACAGGAAUGCUGAUGCUGCUAAACAUGGAGUGUCACCUCCUUUGCGGAAUAAAGCGACUGUCCGCUGAUGUGGCCGGUCAGUGAGUUAGUAAAAGCAAAAGAUUUGGCUCCUACUUUGUUUUGUUUUUUCAACCCUUGAUACACACAUCUGCAAUGAUGCGGGCUGUGGACUGGAGACGAGCCGCUGCGAUUGUACUCUGCCUUUUGGGACACCUUUCCUCCAGAGCUGUCGCCAAAACAUUACCGGAGGACACGGCCACAGAAGAGGUGACUCUGAAGGUUCACCUGAGCGAUGCCAGCACCCACCAGCCCCUGGGAGGAGCCUCCAUACAGCUCUUCACCAACCACACUCCAGUAACCACGGAAACCUCAUCACCUGACGGCAACACCUUCCUGCGCUUCCACUACCGCCUCGGGACACCGUUGGUCGUCACCGCAACCAAACAGGGAUAUGUGCCAAACUCUGUGCCCUGGACUCCCUCCAGGUUACCUGUAUUUUCUUCCAUCAGCCUGGAACUGCUACCAGAAAGAGCUGCGACUCUGACGGUGUAUGAAGAUGUUGUGGAGAUUGUUUCAGGAUUACAAGGUCUCAAGCAUCAGCCCAGUGUUCAUUUCCAGCGUAGAGCUCUGACUCUUCCCUCCAACACGUCCUACGCCAACCUCACUGCUCUGCUCACAGUGGCCAGCUCCCCUUCGCACAUCCAGCACUUUCCCCACCUGCAAGUCAUCAGCGGCAGCGGCGCAGGGGCUGAGAAGAGCUAUGAGCUGACUCCUGUUGCAGCCAUCUCUGUUCACCUAUUGGCCAGCGACGGAGUAGAGCUGCAGGUGUAUCAACCAAUCACAGUCUCCAUCCCCCUGCCGGCUGACAGCGGCCUGAAGGAAAAUGAUCGCAUCCCUGCUUGGAGAUUUGACCCGUUGUUGGGUGCCUGGGUAAAGAGCAGUUUGGGUCAUGUGCAGCGGGAGGGAGACCAGCUCAGUCUGACCUACAUCGCUCCUCAGCUGGGAUAUUGGGUGGCCGCCAUGUCCCCACUUCACUCAGGUCCAGUGUUUGCGAAGGACAUCAGCACGUACCACACCAUGUUCCUCUUGGCGAUCCUGGGAGGCAUGGCUCUCAUCCUGCUCUGCCUGCUCUGCCUCCUGUUGUACUACUGCAGGCGUCGUUGUCUGAAGCCUAGAGUGUCUCACCGCAAGCUCACCCUCUCCUCUGGUCUGGACAGCAGUAAGAGGGACCAGGCCACCUCCAUGUCCCACCUCAACCUCAUUAGCAACGAGGUGCAGCUGGAACUUGUUUCCACAGCGACUGAGCCCGACAUGACCACACCAAUGCUGAAGCCUCCUUCAUACGAGCACCAAGACAAUCAUCGUCAACACAGCCUGAUCCAUCACAGCAAACACAGCCGCUCCUCUCUCGGCAACAGCCACCACGGCUCAUCUCUUGGCAACCUGACGCCUCGCAGCAGAGACAACCGGCAGUCUGUGGAGACGUUCCAGUUAAAGGCUGCCCUUUCAUGCGGAACAGACAGAGGUUACCGUCAAUCAUACACCUCCGUCUGCUCGUCCAGCAACCCCAUCUCGGAUCCACUGUCGUCAGCCAAUCGUGGUCCGUUGUCUGCUAACCAGCUGAGCAGUGUCGGGAUUGUUGACUUCAUCUCCCCUUGUUCUCCUCCUCACUCCCCCAGCAGGGGGGAGGGAUGUGAGUGCAGAGCUCCCGACUUCCUUCUGUCCCGCUCUGUGGACCACCUGGAGCGCCCCAGUCCUCCGUUACUCUCCCGGCCGGGCCAGCUGCUCUGCUGCGGCUCUGUUGACCUGUUGAGUGGAGGAGAAGGCUACCCGCGGGUGCGUCCUACACUCGUCAUCCCGGCACACUACAUGCGCCUGCCUGGGGAGCACCCCCUGUCUGGACAGGCCCUCCUGCUGCAGACGGACCAGCAGAGUGACUUGGAGACCAUCCAGGCUGAGCUCAAUGCCUCACAUUCCCAGCAGCCCCUGGGGCAACCCCCCACGGACUGCACCCCAUGUCCCACCAAGCAGGGUGACGGAGAACGGCUCGGCCUCUCCGAGUCUCUGUCCAUCCCCGCAGCGCUUGGGGACACAGGUCUGGUGGAGAUAAACAUUGAGGACACCUUGUUGGCUGAAAAGACUUUAAUGGAGCUCAGAGGAGGGAAGCCUUUGCCUCACCCACGAGCCUGGUUCGUCUCUCUCGAUGGACGCUCCAACGCUCAUAUUCGCCACUCCUACAUUGACCUGCAGCGGGCGGGAUGCCAUGGCAACCCAACAGCAGGUGGAGGAGGUCAGCAGGGUAGUGGCAGCGGUGGGAGGCGCGGCAAUGGCAACGAUGCCAGUCUGGACUCUGGUGUGGACCUGAACGAGCCGAGAGUGAGCCGCAGGGGGAGAGACGCGGGACGGGAGGAAAAAGAGAUUAACAGGUCAAAGAGCACAGCACCAGCCAUGGCGUACACUCAGCUGGUGUAUGUGGACGAUCUGGAGGUCGGAGGCAGCGAGGAGGAGUCGCCCAAGAGCAGCCCAGAGGACAGUAAAACAGCCAUCCUGUCAGACAAAGCAGAGGGUCAGAGAGGGGACGAGGGGCAGGGGGGUGUGGAGGUACAGAUACAAGAGGAACCGCCCUCGCUUUCCUCUUCUUCCCCCGCGUCUCCUCCUCCCCUGCCAACCCCAGAGGGAGAGACGUUCAGGACUGAUCAUGCGCUGCUGUCGGUGUCUCCUGAUGACGACGCAGCACACGAGGACGGAGAGGAGGAGAAGAAGAGUCCCUGGCAGAAGAGAGAGGAGCGACCCCUGCUGGCCUUCAACAUUAAAUGAUCCACAGACAACCACUUCAAGGAGAGGUUCACAUUUUUGUCUAAAUGGAAAAUUCACAUCCCCAUAUGUACAUCAGAAUCACUUUAAUCACUCUUGUUGUUCCUCCUGUACAUAUUGGCCCUUUUUAGAGGACAAAAUCCACAGUCCUCGUUCUGAUUCAGCUGAAGCUAAUUGCUAGUUAGACAAAUCAAGUGGGGAUCUCCCAAAAUUACAGUCUUUCAAAUGGCCAUAUAACUUUAUUAAUCUCAACAGGGAAUUGUGGUAUUACAAUAAAAACAUAAAAAGUAAGUUGAUAGUUAUAACAACGAAAUCUAAAAGAAGAUAAAAACUGGUGAGUUACCACAAUUUGAGUCCAAUAUCAAACUCUUCUUUAUUCUCUGAGUAAAUCUGACACAUUGUAACACACACAGACACUAAUUACAUUUCCUUUUAUCAUUAUUUCUAAUCCAUUAUGAAUUAAGUUUCCUCAAUUCCUUAGAAAUCCAAGAAAAAUAUACUUCAAGUUUUCUUCGGUAUCAGAAUGAUCCAGUGAUAAUCGUCAGUCCAACAAGAACCUUGGCUGUCAUUAAAUGAAUACUUUACCCCAAAAAUGAACAUUUAUUUAUAAAUUAUUAACCCCAUGUUACCUUGAAUUCAUGAAGAAAACUUUUGAACAAAAAUAUCUUGAAGUAAACGGGUUUACCGCUUUAACAACAGCAGAACCACAUGAAAACAUCCAUUUACAAACUCUCCCACAACUCGUGCAGUAUGAUUCAAGUCUCAUUUAUCCAGUUAGUCAAAUGCUCAGUACUUCCCAAACCCAUGUAUUCUUGCAAAAAAUUGUAUUAUUUACAAAACUUUUGCAUAAACAGUCUUGGAUUAUUCUGCACAAGUUGCAUGAGAGUUUGUAAACAGACGUUUUGAUACGUUUUGCUGUUAAACGCCACUAUCACUUGCUUCAAUUCAUCAAGAAUUUUACUCGACCUUUAGAUUCUUUGUCGCGAUGAAAGCAUGCAAGAAAAAAACAGUUUUCUUCAAGAAUUCCAGGCAACGCAGAGUUUUUAAUUAAUAUGAUCACCCUGCGGAUAAAAUAUUCCUAUAAUAUUACUCCAGGAAGGCAUCUUUUUGCUGUUAGUGUGGACAGGUGGAGCAAUUACAACAACACAGAUUGUCCAUACGGGCAUGUCAGUUUUGCUUUGAGAUGGACUUGAAAAAAUGUGAACUCUCCCUCUUCUGCCCAGACCACAACGUGAACUGAAGCCCUUAGUUUUUCUUCAUAGAGCACUGAGAAAAUAUUUCAGCACUGGGAUCCCCUCUAGUCUAUUAUACAGAUGCUUCAUGAACAUCCAGGUUUAUGAAAUGACCACUUUUGCUCUCCACUUUUGUCACCCUUACGACACUCCACAUGAACCGACCACGCAUCAGGAAUGAUGUAAACAUUGCCUGAAGGAGACAAAUGGACGUUGGAGGCAAGAAUAUUUUAUGCACAACAAAUAUAUGCCUUUUUUUUAUAAAUAGCCUUGUAAGCAUAAAGGAACUGUUGUAGGAACAGAUGAUGGGUGGCUCUCACAAAUGAAAGACUCCAGGAUAUUUUUUUUUUCUUGAGCCAUAUUGGCCCCCACUGACUGUAAGGAACACACUACACUUCUUUAAAGUGAGCUUAUAACCCUAAUUUUUAAGAUAGUGGCGCAUCUGUGCAAAACACGACAACUUAUUCUACUCUUUUCACAGGAAAUUAAAAGUCUUUUUAGCGUGUUUCUGCACAAAAAUCAGCCCUGUCAUAAACAUGUGAAUCGUGUACUUUGAAUGGUUUUAGGUAUGUUGCUAGAAUUUAAUCUAGCUGGUCAGAAGGCUGUAUGGGUGUUUACCUGAUCUAAAGCGGGGAGAAACAGUUUCGGAGUGAAGAAAUAAAACCACUAUCCGCACUGCAACAGAUAAUGUGACACACCACUGUGCUGGUGGGUAAGAAUACCACUACGCAAAACUGUAGUUCCACCCAAAAUAAUUGUGAGGUGUAUUAUGAAGGGUUUUGUAAUUGUUGAACCACUGACUGGCAUAUUUUUGCUCCGAAGGCUAUGCAUCAUUUUUAUACGGCUGCUUGAGAUGCCUUUCUUUUUGUAAUUUUAAUCAUUUUAAUUGCCAACAUGAAGUAUUUUACCCGAAAAAUAGGCUAUUUUUAUUUCUUUGAAUAUGUUAAGGGCUUUUCUUCUUCACCCGCCUUAUUGUUAGAAAACUGCAUAAGUUUUACCUGAUACCAAACUAUUUUUGCAUGCUGUGUUUCACCUUACUUUCUUACCAUUUCCUCAUGUUCCAAGUGCCUUUAAACAACCUGACUCUACAUCGAAUUUUGUGGAACAGAUUAUUUAUUUCUCACCUUCUUUUGCCUUCAGCUUUUCUCCUCUACCUCAGCCCUCCCUUUCUCUCCCACUUGUGAAAGAAAGCAUGCAGUAAACUUUCCUCAGCACUAGCGUAUUACAAGCUACACUGCAGACAUCUCAGAAAACGUCUACCAGCUGCUGCAAUCGUAAAAUCCUCCACAGUAAUCAGCAAAGCACCAAUCUGUCUUAGAGUAAGCAGUUAGGGAUUUACAGAAGUUUUCAGUGUGGCACGGGAUAGAUAAAGCUAUGUGUGAUUGUAUGUGAAGCUAAACUGCAGGUCAUUUCAGUUCAUUUUCUUAUUUUUUUUUGCGUUUUGUGGAGUGAAUGUUUGUCUCGACUGUGUUUGUGUGCGUCUGGGUGGUGGUGGUGGUGUUCGUCAGCGAUGCUGCUGGCUGUGAGUUUGUGUCGUCUGAGUGUGUGUCCAGGUGACAAAUAAUAAACAUACAUCCACUCAAGGUUCAUAUAGUUAUAGCAAUCAUAUUACAGCGUGUGUAUAGUUCUUUCUUUUUCCUCUACCGGUUCAAAAUGAGGUGUGAGUUGGUGUUGUGAAUGGCCUCUUCUCUCAUAGUAACCCAUAGCAACCUCCAGUUUAAGAGUGUGUAAACUUGGUUGCUCACAUUAUAUUUGAAGCCUAUUAUUCUAAAUAAACCGCCAAACUGGAA